UGCCCAAAGUUGUACUUUUCUGCUACCUAUGUCGGCUUGAGUCAUGAAAAGCGAGCUGCGGUCUUUAGACGAAAGGAUAAAAGAACUGACUUUUCUUUACACCUCCAGUUCACCUCUGUUCGAUAACCUUUCCGUUAGUCUGGAGUUUCUGUUGGAUAGUGUCGUUUGUCUUGCUUACGAGUGCAGAUUACCGCAGUUCAAGUCGGAGAGAAACUGUGUUAAGUUCCAUAAUGCAGUGAAACGGUACGUCGAUAAAAUUGAAAAUUGCUGGAUCAAGAGAGAUGAAUUUGAAACAAUCCGGCUAAUUGGCUCAGGUGCCUUUGGCGAGGUGUCUGUAGUUAGAUGGAAGACAAAUGGUGGUAUCUACGCACUCAAAUCUCUGCACAAAUACGAUAUGUUGAAGCGGUCCGACAGAGCCUGUUUUCAAGAGGAAAGAGAUGUUAUGGUGAGAGCUUUAGUCCAAAACUCACCAUGGAUAGCAAGGUUGCAUCACACGUUCCAGGAUGAAAAGUUUCUGUACUUUCUCAUGGAUUUCUACAACGGCGGCGACAUGCUGACUAUGCUUAGCAAAUUCGAUGACAAGAUUCCUGAGGACAUCGCUCGGUUUUAUGUGGCUGAGAUUGUAUUGGCGAUAAACUCCCUGCACAACCUCGGAUACGUGCACAGAGACAUCAAACCAGAUAAUGUGCUCCUGGAGAGCUCCGGCCACAUUGUACUCGCUGAUUUUGGUUCCUGUCUUAAGUUGGGUGAUAAUGGAUUAGUGAAGAACAGCACCGCAGUUGGAACUCCGGAUUACAUUUCUCCAGAAAUUCUACGUGCUACAGAAGACAACCAUGGAACUUACGGAGUAGAGUGCGAUUUUUGGUCAUUAGGAGUUAUGAUAUAUGAAAUGUUGUUUGGGGAAACUCCUUUCUACAGUGAGAACCUUAUCGAAACAUACAGCCAAAUAAUGAAUUUUGAGGAAAACUUUAAAAUACCCGACGAUUUCCCCGAUGUCUCCGAAAAUGCACGCGACCUCAUCAGACGACUCAUUUGUGAUCGAAAACGCAGGCUGGGUCGAGCUGGCAUUCACGAGUUCAAGGAGCAUCCCUUCUUUACUGGGAUCGAAUGGGACCACAUACGGGAUCAAACUCCACCAUAUGUCCCGGAGGUCAGAAGUGCUGAGGACACAUCCAAUUUCGAUAUUGAACAGUCCACACGAAAUCACGAGGGACCACCGCUUGGUCCCAUGUUCCGAGGUUGUCAAGUCGCUUGCAUCGGAUUCACGUUCACCAAAGGAUCUCCUUUAAACGAACUUGGUCCUGGGACUCAGCCCAAGCUGUUAACUUCGAAUGCGUCAUCUAACGAACUUGAAUCAUCAAAUGCGGAUGCGCCAACCAUCGAUUCUGCUAGUUUGAGCCACUCGUUUAUGAAACAGAACCCCUCACAAUUUUCGCACUCUCCUGCCCCGCUCAGUGCUACUUCCUCUUUGCUAACAGAACUCGAAGCUCGAUGCAAGGCAUAUGAGCUCCGCAUCCAACAGUUAGAAUCUUCUACAGCACCGGAGCACUUAUCAGAUGAAACCCCCCUGCCCUCAUCGGAUGCUGCUGGAUCCACCAGCCUCCUUUUUCUCCAAGAUGAAGUUGAUGCGCUGAAAGGUAAAUGUGUACAAUUGGAAAGUGACAACCAGCAGUACCUGUCUACUAUCACCUCACUGAAAACUGAACUCUCAGAGCAACGAGAGCUGAAUCAAAAGUUGGCUAGUGAUAUUCGGGAUUUUGAGGAGGAAAACGAAAUUCUCUGCAAGCGUGCUGCUGACGCACAGUCGACCAUCCGUCAACUUGACACAGAACACGAAAAGCUACUGACUGAUUUUGCCCGAAUUCAGUCCGAAUUGGCUUCCCUUCGCCAGUACGAUCGUGACAAUGUGUAUGUGAAUUCGGACCCAUUACUAACUUUGAAAUCGGACGGAAAAGGUUUUUCCAGCACUCCGGCCUUAUUAGAUGGAGUCAAUGAAAAUGGCAAGGGUUCACCAGAGAUGGACGCCCGCGAGCAACUUCGCGAGAUCGAGUCACGACUCCAAUUGACCACUGAGUGCUUAGCCAACUGCAGACGUGAGCUUCAGACGUUGAAAUUGACACGCCAAUCGGAACUACGGGAAUGGGCUCGCGAACGUGAAUUAGCUGAGCAGCAGCUGGAAGCAGCACUCAUCGAUCGCGUUAGUCUUUGUGAUGCUUGUUGUUUCUUCUUUCCUUCGGGUUUUUGUACCUCUCCUGUGUAAAAAUACCCCCUCAUUUGUGAUAAACCAAACCGACUUCUUUUCUCGAUUCUUAGUUUUUAAGUUUGUCGUUUCAUGCAGCUAUUUCAAUCUCUAUCAAAUCUGUCCUCUUUUCUCUGAUUCUUAAUUUUGUCUCACUAUCCAUCGUUUUUCUUUUGCGGUGAUGUGAGAUUGAGCAACUCGUUUUUGCGAAUUUCAGUUAAUAAACUAAACUGUGCUGUUUUU